GUUUUGUGGACUUCGUAUUCUACGUUCCACUACUACAGCUGUCAUUGUACCUACCGUGAUGCGACAUGUGUCUCUGCCCGAUAUGCAAACUCGAGCAUCAGCCAAACGAAAGUCUGACCAGUAUGGCGCUGUCCCACGAGACCGACUACAGGCUACCAGCUAUAGAAGGCGUGGAGACCGCCAGCCCUCGAAAAAGAUGGCCAGCUGAUAUCCGAUGCCCAUUACCAGACCAUGUGCUCAGGUCUUGGAGGUUGCUCGUCGACCAUAACUUUAUCAACCUGAAGAUCAUGCAGGCGACCCUUAGGAGAAUCGGAUGCGGCAGUGACACCGUUUCUACCCCAGAGGAAGCUAUUCUCACAUACCAGAACGACCCAAUGAAGUACAACGUCGUGAUCAUGGACCCAAUGCGUCACCAUUCCGUGACGGGCGUCGAUGCAUUCCGCCAAAUCCGCGAGUUUGAGAGCGCCAACGGCGUUCCGCCUUGCUUCCUCAUCGCCUCAGAUGGUGCUAGAAGUAUACUGAUGAACCUCAAUGGGCUACGUCAGAAAGUACUGGACUCUGGUGUUGAUUGUGUGCUCCCGUGGUAUCAACACAUGCUGCCGCUUUAUGAUGCGCUAGCGGGUCUGGAAGAAAGACCUGCGUGGGAUAGGUCAAGGGUGGUUACAAGAGACAGCAUAGCCGAGAACACCAUGGGAUUGGGAACUGCGAAGUCAGGCCAGGGAAUCGAGGAAAGUGAUAGGGCCGUUUCAUGAUAUCAUAAUUCAUUGGUUCUUAAUGUAGCCCAUGACUUAUUCAACUCACCCAUAACGCCUCUG